CUGGCGAAGGUUCUCCUGGGGAUUAGAGGUAAAGCGUUCUCCCUUUUACACACACACACUCACAUAUAUCCAUAUGUUUGCAGAAGGGGCAGGCAGCCUGUUUUAUGCUGCUGCUUUUUGUAUCCAACCUCCUCUAAACUGCCCACAUUUAUCCAUCACAGCGCAUGGAGAACAGAUUGAUUUCCCUGAAGGACACAGAGAGACGGAAUAAUGGAGUCUCCCAGUGUAGACAAAGAUCUGCUAGAAGGAUGCACGUCUCCCUUUGAACUGAAAUCAGCCCCAAGCAAGAAGAUGUGGGUCAAGCUGCGAUCUCUCCUGAAGUACAUGGUAAAACAACUAGAAAAUGGAGAGGUCAACAUCGAAGAGUUGAAAAAAAACUUGGAAUACACAGCGUCGCUGUUGGAAGCGGUUUAUAUCGAUGAGACAAGGCAGAUCCUAGACACAGACGAUGAACUACCAGAAAUCCGAUCAGAUGCUGUUCCAUCGGAAGUGCGGGACUGGCUGGCUUCCACAUUCACCCAGCAGACGAGGUCAACUGGUCGAAGGUCUGAAGAGAAGCCCAGGUUUCGCAGCAUCGUCCAUGCAGUGCAGGCGGGAAUCUUCGUGGAAAGAAUGUUUCGAAGAUCAUACACCGCAGUUGGACCAAAUUAUUCUGCAGAUGUUGUUAACAGUUUAAAGCACUUGGACCUGUGGGACUUUGAUGUAUUUGUGUUGAACAGAGUGAGUGAAGAUCAUGCUUUGAAAACCAUUGUUUUUGAACUUCUGACCAGGCACAAUCUCAACAAUCGAUUUAAGAUUCCUGUUGCAUUUCUCAUGAGCUUUCUGGACUCUCUGGAAAGUGGUUAUGGGAAAUAUAAGAAUCCUUACCAUAACCUGAUCCAUGCAGCAGAUGUAACACAGACAGUACAUUGCUUUCUUCUGAGAACGGGCAUGGUGGUAAUUAUCUCUAUACACUCCUGCUAAGAAUCAUUUAUUUUUCCUUCACUGCAUUUUAAGUUCAGAAACAAACUCUUGAGCCAAAUACCCCUUUGAUCAAUGCAACAUAAUAUGAGCUCCAACCCAUUUAUACUAUAAAAUCUUUAUAUGAGAAGCUUAAAAUGUCCUGCUGCUUGGUGAGAGUAGGAGAUUUGUCAAAUGGGUUUGAUCUGAAAUUAUCUAGAUAAUUACAAAUGUGCUUCUCCCCUCUUUCUCUUUCACAUUUUUCAUUAUUACAAACAAUUUUAAUUGGACCAAAAAAUGUCUUCGCUGGCACGAAAUGCUUUCCAAUUUGUAUAGUACAAUUUAGGAGCUCGAUGUUUUUAAAUGACAGUGAAAUAGUUUCAUUUGUUUAAAAAUCAGAGUUUUAUUGCUCAAUUAGUAACAAUAUGAAAUGGUUUGAUUUGUGUAUCGCUGACAGCUGUUCACCUUCACGGUCUGUAAUGAAAGAUGCUUUACAUAAGGAGAGACAGUUACCACUUUGAUGAUAGUUAAAGACAAACAGCAUUUUACUAAAUGUGAGAUAAUUGCAAAUUGAGCUCUACGUAAUGAUGAUAACUAUAAAUGAAUAGAAACUUUAAAAGGGUGGUUCACCUUUAAGUUAUAUUUUAGUAUGUUAUUGGAUGGCUAAGUCUUAAAUUUCUUUUUACAGCUUUUGAAUAAUUAGCUUUUUCUAUCUUUCAGAUGGGGAUCACUGACCCUAUCUAAAAACAAAUACUGUACUCUUUAAGUCUACAAUCUUAUUGUAAUUGCCGCCUUUUGUUACUCAUCUUUCUAGUCGGGCCUCUCCUAUCCCAGUCUCUUGUUCAAAUCAAUGCAUGGUUACUAGGAUAAUUUGGACCCUAGCAACCAGAUCACUAACAAUGCAAACUGGACAGCUGCUGAAUAAAUAGCUAAAACAAAAACUCAAAUACCACAAAUAAAAACAAUUAAAGCAAAUUGGCUCAGAAUCUCACUCUCUAUAUCAUACUAAAAAAUAUUUAGUGCUCUUUUGCAAAACGUAUAAAUUCAUUAAAUAAAGUCCAUUUAAUUGCUUGCUGAAAAAAUAUCCUUCUAGAUUGUAAAGUAAAGACCACAGUGCUUCAUCAGGUAAAGGAAAGUGACCACUGCAAGCAUUGAUGCCCUGGUGGGAAAUCCUACAUAGUGACAAGGCCUAUUUGUCCAUCAUAUUGACAAAGUGUAAAUGAUCCAACGAUUUAUAAAGCACAUUAAACUCCUGGUAGUGAAAAUACAAUAGAUACAGAAUAAUGUGACCAAUACAAAGGUGCUUGAAAGUUUGUGAACCCUUUAAAAUGCUCUACAUUGUUAUAUGAAUGUAACCUAACACAUCAUUUGAUUUUCAAACAAGUCCUUAAAGUAUAUGAAGAAACCUAGUUAAACAAAUGCAACAGAAAUUAUUAUAUUUGGUCAUGUAUUUAUUAAGAAAAAUGAUCCAAAACAUAUUUGUGUGGCAAAAUUAAGUAAUUCUUAAGGGUUAUCAGAGGCGUUAGUGAGAGACCCUGUUUUAUUUUAAGAACAGGGAUCUAUCAAAGCCU